UCCCUUCUUUUUUCUGCUUUUGUCUUUGCCUAUGUUUGCUCCAUUUAAAAGCAUUGUUCUUGUGCAUCUUCAACACUGCUAGUUAAGCUGAUCUUUUUGUCCUUUUUUUCUCUCCCCUUGCUUUCUUUCUUGUGGUGACUUGCUUUUGAUCUUCUUCCACAGACGCAUCCAUGAUUACCAUUCAUUUGCUAUUAUUUAUUCAUUUUUUUAUAGUCCUGAAAAAAAAAGAUUCACUAGGAACAAAAAAAGUUAAAGAAGAAAGAGAAACAAUGAGAAAGAGAACAACAAAUUCAGAGCAAAGUUCACCAGUAGUGAAACUUAUUUCUCUUCAGAAUGCUGAUGGCUCCUGGAAGUUGGAUAAGGAAUUUGCUGCACUCAUGGCAUUAAGUGAAAAGGAGCUGAGCAGCAAAAUACCAAAACAAGAAAUUGACAACAGUGUCUGGGCAACAGUGUUAGCCAUAGUGUGGCUAGAUGCUUUUGGAGCUGAACAGAAAGACGAAUGUGAGUUACUGGUUGAAAAAGCCCUUACAUGGGUCAAAGGUCAUGCAGGUUCAUACCUAAAGGAGUGUUGCAGAGUAGCUAGUGACCUGCUGAAAACACCUUUCAAACCAGAGAUUUUUGGUCUGUAAUACAAAUGAAACAACAUGAUAAAUUGAAUUGCCUUAAAGAGUGGACAGUAACUGUCAACUGAGCUGCAUUUUCCAUACUCUUGAAUCAAUGUACACUUUACAAACAAGCUGCUUGAAAUAAAGGUUUCGUACCUGUU